AUGUAUUCGUUGGCCCAGGUGUGGGCGCUGCCUGCGGCUCUUCUAGUCAUUGCGAACCUUUCGGCCACCUGGUAUAAACUCGUGUCUGAACGAGUACCCGAACCCUAUCUGAUUCGCCGAGCUCUUCGCCAGCCGCUUCCUCCUCGGCCUGGUCGAAAGGGGCUCUCAUCCAGUCCUCAAGUGAAAGACGAAGAGACACCAACAUCUCUACUAGAUGCCCACACGGCCCUGAACACUAGCCUAUUUCCUCCACUCUUCUUCUUCUCUGGGCUUUACUAUACCGAUGUACUAUCUACCCUCGUCGUUCUCGCCGCGUACUAUACGUACUUGAGUCAGCGAGGGAGUACUAACUACCUCGUAUCGGGCUGGCUUACCAUCAAUGUUGGCGUAAUCGCCCUCUUGUUCCGACAGACGAACAUCUUCUGGGUCGCUGUUUUUCCAGCGGGGCUAACGGUUGUCGAUACACUGAAGCGCUAUAAUGAAAUCCUCGAUACUUCAGUUGAAGACGCCGGGCCGAAACACUACUUUGCCCUUCUCUUGUACCUUCCGCGAAAUGUUCUCCUGUUGAGACCAGUAGCGGUAGUCAAGGCUAUCAUCCCGUACGUCGUCUUACUAGUUUUGUUCGCGGGUUUCGUCCUCUGGAACGGCGGUGUCGUGCUAGGGGACAAAUCCGCCCACGUAGCGACCAUCCACCUACCACAAAUGCUUUACAUAUGGCCCUACUUGGUAUUCUUUUCCCUUCCGCUGACGUUGCCAUCCCUGCUCCAGCCGAUCCUCGCAGUAUUACCGAAGCAAUUCCGAUCCCUGAUCGAAACGAACCUCACAGGACCCUUCACGCCCACCGCGCCUAGCAUUAUCGCGGCAACCCUCUUCAACGGUUUCGCGUUCGUUGCUGUCCACUUCAACACUAUCGUUCAUCCAUACACCCUAGCGGACAAUCGCCACUACGUCUUCUACGUGUUCCGCAUCCUGCUACGGUACCCAGCUGUGAGGUACAUAGCCAUACCUGUGUACUACAUCUGCGCACUUCUUACCAUCAGAACUCUUGGUGCAUCACCCCCCGCAUAUGUCGGAUCCACGAAGAGGACACCGAAGAAGCAGCAACGAGUUGACUCUGUCAAGAGUGACUCCGUCCAGAUUAGCUUCGUCAUUGUCUGGACCGCUGCGACCACCCUUUCCGUUAUUACUGCUCCACUCGUCGAACCGCGGUAUUUCAUCAUUCCAUGGGUUUUAUGGAGAUUGCACGUACCAGCGUCAAAGAGUAAAGCGACGACCUCGCAGCUGGCGCUGGAGACAGUGUGGUUGCUUGCUGUGAAUGUUGGGGUGGGAUACAUGUUCUUGAACAAAGGUUUUGAAUGGCCGAACGAGCCGGGCAAGGUGCAGAGGUUCCUUUGGUAG